AUGAAGAAUAAAUACACACCUGUUUCAGACUCUGAAGAGUCUUUGAAAACGCUCACUGAUGAAAAGGCAGACACCCGUUCUUCAGAGGGUACGCCUCCUCCGUAUUCAGCUUCAAACAAAUUUAUCGAUUUAGAAAUGGCUGACGGAUCCGCUCAGAAUUCCGCCCAAGAAUCUGUUGAUAACACUAGGUCGGACCCUUCAGCGAACAAAGAAUGUUGGAAAGACUUUUUCGUAGGACUAAUGACUAUUAUAACAAUUUUAUAUAAUCUUGUUUUUCUAGCCAUAAUUUUUGGUUACAAGGUUUCUCCGUAUUCAAUAGCUUUUUAUUGGCUUGCUGCCGUUUCUAUUGGCACUAUUUUUAUUUUCCUAUUAACGAUUCUUGUAACGUAUCCAGGAUGGUACAGGGAAGCUGGAAGAGCAACAAAGAAGUGCAUUAAGAAAUUUGGAAGAGCAACCAAAAAGGUUCUGAAGAAAUCUGGAAGAGCAAUAAAGAAAUUCACACCAGCUGUAUGUAAAGCCCUAAUUAUACUGAUAAGUUUGAAUGGAGUCGGGGGUGGUGCUUUGAAACUAGCAGGAGGCUUCGAAUAUAUACAUUCAACAGCUGUGUUAGUUGUUCUGGCCGUAUUGAACAUAUGCUUGUUUGUUCUUCUCGUUCGAAACCCAAUUGGAUUUGGAAAUAUGACAGUUAUCGUUCCUACAAACAACAGAAUUAGCAGGAAUACUCCACCUCGUAACGAAGAAACCGAACUUCAGCCUCUUGCUGAGCAAAGCUCUGAAGUUUGA